AAAUAAAAUAGAAUAAAAUUACGUCUCCUCAUCGAUCUCCUCGACACUGAAACAGAAAAAAUAUCCAUACUUUCAACAAUUUGCAGCACAAAGAGAAAUCAUGAUCACAACGCAGACAAGAAGUGGAAAUGGCGGUGGAGGAUUACAAAGCCCUAGAUCUCCUCAACAACAAUAUUUAACUGUAUCAGUUACUGAUCCUGCUAAAAUGGGAAAUGGUGUUCAAGCUUAUAUCUCUUAUAAGGUCAUCACUAAGACAAACUUCCCCGAAUAUCAGGGACCAGAAAAGAUUGUGAUUCGACGAUAUACAGAUUUUGUUUGGCUACGCGAUCGUCUGUUUGAAAAGUACAAGGGUAUCUUCAUUCCUCCACUUCCGGAGAAGAGCACUGUAGAGAAGUUCAGAUUCAGUACCGAGUUCAUUGAGAUGAGGCGUCAAGCACUGGAUACAUUUGUCAAUAGGAUUGCAUUACAUCAUGAACUUCAGCAAAGUGAAGACCUACGAACGUUUUUGCAGGCUGAUGAGCAGACAAUGGAAAGAGCAAGGUCACAGGAUACUGGAAUCUUCAAGAAGAAGCCGUCUGAUUUGAUGCAGAUAUUCAGGGAUGUUCAAUCUAAAGUGAGUGAUGUAGUUCUAGGGAAAGAAAAACCCGUGGAAGAAACAAAUCAGGAGUAUGAGAGACUGAAACGCUAUAUAUUUGAGCUUGAAGAUCACUUGGCUGAAGCUCAGAAGCAUGCAUACCGACUAGUCAAGCGACACAGAGAGUUGGGGCAAUCUCUAGCAGAUUUUGGCAAGGCAAUCAAGCUUCUGGGUGCUUGUGAAGGUGAUGCACUUGGUACUGCAUUCUCCGAGCUUGGAGCAAAGUCAGAGAUGCUAUCAAUUAAGCUGCAAAGAGAAGCACACCAUCUUUUAAUGAAUUUUGAAGAACCUUUGAAAGAUUAUGUGCGUGCUGUGCAAUCUAUCAAGGGCACAAUAGCAGAGAGGGCUAAUGCUUUCAGGCAGCAGUGUGAAUUGAUGGAGACGAUAAAGCUAAAAGAAAUCGAUGUAAACAAAUUGAGGCUAACUCGAUCGGAGAAAAUGUUAGAUGUGGAGCAUGAACUAGAGGAGCUGAAAGCUGCUGCUGAGGAAGCAAAGGGAAGAUUCGAGACAAUAGUACGGUUGAUGAAUGAAGAAAUCGUGCGUUUCCAAGAUCAGAAAACACAAGACAUGGGACAGGCUUUCCAUGAAUUUGCAAAGGGCCAAGCACGCCUAGCCAAUGGUAUUGCUGAUGCUUGGAGAAGUCUCAUUCCAAAACUAGACUCUCUCUCUGCCUCGUAACGUUGCUUUAAGCUCCAAGGCAUUUGACUUUGAGAAUGGUAUCUGGUCAUCUGUCGCUCUCUUACGAGUUCAGUUUGUUCCUACCCUGUCUGUAUCUUAAGGUCCAACAUGUAUGAGUAUGAAAUCUUCCGGUGUACUUCUAUCUAACAAACAAACGGAACAUUUGUUUUUUUUUUUCAUAGAUUUUUUUUUUUUUAUCUUUUUUCAUUUGCGAUGAAAACUUUUUCUUUCACCCUGUUAGGUUUUUAGGGAGUGCUUGGAUAUACGUUUUGAUAGUAUUUUGUAAUUUUGAAUAUUCAGAAGAAUUAUAUAAUCAGUUGUAAUAAGAAGAGUUCAUAGAAGAA